AUGGCCUCGUCCUCAAUCCCUAUUGGCAUUCCAUCAUCUAUUCAUUCGUCUUUAAUAUCGAUGCCUCAAACAUCCUUUUACGAUUACGCCGACUAUUCUGCUAUUUCCGAUUCUGAUCAAUUUUCUCAUUUGGACUAUCCAAGUCCCUAUCCUCCAACUCCAGGCUCAAUGCCAUCUUCAUAUCACAACAUGUAUCCAUAUGGUGGAGGAACAUCCAAUGGAAGUCCACCGAAGUAUGGACCUCCAAGCCCCAAGGCAUUCAAGAGAAGCAUGUCAAUGUCCGCGGCUGGUCCGAAUAUAGACUUUGGGAACACAAGCCCACCAACACCAGCUGCAUCAUCGUCAGGCUCUAAUGGAGGUCCUCCUCCCCUAGGCGGUGACAGAGUUUUCCGACAGAUUCUGUCUUCUAUUGCGCGCAUCCAGACCAACCUUUCGCAGCAACAUUUCUCAAUCCUUGAUGUGGUUGAGAAGCAGGGGUUGAUUCAAGAUAAGCUUAGUCUGCUUGAACAGCAAUCAGGCCGCACGGGUGAUAAGGUUGCAAGAGUUCUUGAGAAUACCGACUGCAUUGUAGAUGAUGUAAAUUCUGUGAGAGACCGAGUCGACAGUCACCAAACCGCCGCCGACGAUUCGAUACAGGACACAUUGGACGAUCAAGCCGAAAGAAUAGAUAAACUCAUUCAAGAUGUCAAAGCCAUCAAGCUUAGCGUUGAGGCACUCCAGGCGAUGACAAGGGCAAACACUCGUGGUAUUGCUGCUUUCAAGAUCGACGAGGAAGAAGAAGAAAAAUCCGAAAAAUCUAGACCCCCAUCAAGGUCAAAGGAAGGGAAGCAACUCAUGAGUGCCGAGAUAAAGGAGAUUGUUAAAGCCCAAGUCCGUUCGGAAAUGAAAUCACUCAAGUCAAGCCUGAUGUCUGAGUUGAAGGAGUUAAAGAAGAUGUACAAGGCCAAGGACGAGAGCAACCCAAGGUCGCCUGGCUUUACCCCUGAGGCACUUGUUAAAUUCGAAGAUGCCGAUGUAACCAAGUACCUAUUAAAAUAUGGCUUUGACUCCGCAUGGGUCGGUUCAAUGACUGAAUCCCAGAAGAAACGCAUGUUAGCCGGCUACCUUGGCCAAUCAUACCGGGAUGCAUUGACAAAACCUCAACCACCAGCUGAUGAUGCCAGCGACAACAGCGACGACGACGGUAGCGGCUCCGACUCUGAUGCCUCGUCGUGA